AUGGCCAUGGAGCAGGGAAGAGUGACGGAAUUCGAAGGAAAGAGCCUCGACCAGAUACAAAUUGAGCCUGAAGGGAGAGCAGUAGAGAUCCUCUCACAAACGGACGGGCUAAAAGAAACUUCAAGCGGAGAACCUUCAACCAUUCAUCCAGAUGCACCCCAUGGUAGUGGCAGUGCCCCUUCUGAACGUGUAAGAAAGCCAUGGUCUGCAUCUGAGGUGAAGGCUGUGGAGAAGACCAUGACACCUUUCAUACAGACUGGAAAGAACCGCUCCGUUUUCAAGAACGCGCGCUCGCUGGUUGAACCAGCGGGGGGGGAACGGAGCGCCCCAAAGUGGGUAGGAGCAGGGAAGAGACUAAGCGGGUCUGUCGGCGCUUUUCCUCUGCCUCAAAGCACCAGCCCCACGCCCCAACCACAGGCGGCGCCCGCACCAGCUGAGACCCCGCGAGAAGUGGGCCCAAACCGCAGAAGAAGAAGAGGCGGAAACAGACACACGCUCAGGAAACCGCAGAAGAAGAAGCGGGGGAAGCAAAUAUGUGAGACACCGACAACUGCUUUGGAGCACAGAGAGAAACUGCUCCAAAUCCCGUGA